CUGGGCAUUUUCGUAAUUGUCAUGUCCUCUGACCCACCUCCGCCGCAACGGCACAUCGGGAACCGCCGCAGCACCUCCGCCUCCGCCCUUCCCGAUCUCUUACUCACCGCUGUCUCUCUCCUCUUCCUCUUUGCUUCCCCUAAGCCUCUCCUCUCUCAGGCUCCCAACAAACUCUCUUUCCCUUUAAACCCUCGCCGGCGAUUUACCGGCAUGUCCCGUCCCCGAUCUCCUCUGCCGCAAGCUCCCCCGCUCGUCCGCCGCUUCGCCAGCCCCCAGUCCCUGUCUGAUUGGUUGGAGACUCGGUUGCCGUCGGAUUCGUUCGCCGCCUGGGGAGUGAAACCCGGGACGAAGAACGUCCAUAACCUCUGGCUAGAGCUCGCCGAUGGCGAGACUUCGCUCGCCGACUCGAUCCCGCCGAUCCGUAACGUCAACGUCGUCACCGUUCGCGUGAUCGGAAAAGACGGCAGAAUUCUGGUGGAAUCUCACCAGGAAUUAUCUGACGGGAGCAUCCGGGAGAGAUUUCGCCCGUUAUCGGAGAAGAUGAAGCCCGACGAAACUCCCGAGGAAGCGGUCUUCCGCGCCGUCAAGGAGGAGCUAGGAUCCAUCUUUAUUAAUGACGGCAGCGGUAAAGAAAAUACCGGCGAGGGAAAGAUGAGUAUUUUUCCGGGCUCCUAUAGCAGACGUGUUGAAGAGAGGAACUCGGUGUCGUACCCGGGCUUGCCAGCGAUAUACGUUCUGCACUCGGUGGAUGCGACGGUGGAGGGGCUACCGGACGGAGAUUUCUGCACGGAGGAGACGGAGUACGGCGGAGAAGCAGAGGAGGGAACACGCGCCGCCGCCGGGAAAGCAGUCACCGUGAAACGGCAUCACUGGAAAUGGGUUAGUCCCGAUUUGGUUCAACCCUGAGAAAGUUUCCCGCAGAUGUCUCUGCCGCCAUUACAGUGAUCAGUUCCUUCUUUGCUAUGUUCCUUGCGUUGCCUAUACGUUCAUACACAUACUUCGAUAUGUAGACAGAGUUUCUCGAUUUAAUCAUAAUUCAGUAGCCGCUGCUUCAUCCUU